UCCACAGGUCCCCUGGCACUUGUGUGUAGCUACUGAUCUGGGAAAAGUCUCUCUUCUAUGUGUAUAUUGCAAAGGCUUUCAGAGUCAGCAAUGCAUGUCCACUAACCAACUUCAGGGCUAUAGUGGCUCUGCAGCCCUCUGUUAGCUGAUCGGCAGGGACCAUGAUCACCUCUCCAAGGCACAGAACAUCAUACGGAUUCUUUACAUCGAUGAUGCACUGAUUGGACCAGUUCAACAGGAAGUAGCAAAUACUAUAGACAGUUUGUGAGACCAUGUGUUCCAGAGAAUGGGUAAUAAAUCAUCCUUAAAUUCAGGUUUUGCUGCCUUAGUAAAAUGUCUAGGAGUCCAGUUGCCUGAGGCAUGCUGAGGUAGGUCCUCCUAAGGUGAAGACACGUCACUCCAUCUGACCUCUUAUUCAUAAGAAACAAGUCCAAGGCCUAUGGGCCUCUUCUUAAGUUUGGAGACAACGUAUACCUCCUUGGGUAUGCUACCUCAACCCAUUUAUUAAGUAUCUUGAAAGGCUGCUGGCUUUGAGUGAGGCCCAGAAUGAAAGGAAUCUUUGCAACAGGUGCAGGCUGCAGACAGCCUGAGCCUGUGACCCAGCAGACGCAGCGGUGUUCAAAGCACUGAAGCAGAUGAGGUUCCUAUACAGAGCCUUUGGCAGGAAGCCGUAGAUGAAUUUACAACACAGCAGUUUAAGAUUCUGAAGCCACACUGUGCCAUUUCUGCAGAGAUGGUUCUCAAUUUGUGACACAGCUUCUAGCUUGCUACUGGGCUGCAGUAGGGACUGAACACUUGGCCUUGAGUGGGCAGGUCAUGUGACAUGAGCUGCCCAUCAUGAUCUGGGUGUGGACUGACCAACCAAACUUGCAACUGGCCAGGCCCAGCUGCUCUCCGUCAUCAAACAGAAGUGGUUUAUGCAAGAUUUGGCCAAAGGAGUUUGUGAAGGCAUGUGGUAGGCAGAGUAAUGACCUCCCACAGGUGUCCACGUCCUGAUCUUCAGAACCUGUGAAUAUGGUACCUUACGUGGCAAGAGGGACUUUGCGGAUGUGAUUAAGUUAAGGAUCUUGGGGUGGGGAGAUCAUCUUGGAUUAUCUGGGUGGGUCCAAUGUGAUCCCAAGGGGCCUCAUACAUGAAAGAGGGAGGCAGGAGGGUGACAUCAGAGAAGACAAGAUGGAAGCAGAGGCUGGAAUAACAUCACUGCUGGCUUUGAGGAUGGAAGGGGAUGAGAGUGAGGGAGUGCAGGCAGCCUGCAGACGCUGGAGGAGGUAAGAGAACAGACUCUCCCUGGAGCCUCCAGAAGGAACACAGCCCUGAUGACAACUGAUGACAGCCCAGGGAGACGCCCUGUGGACCUCUGACAGCCAGAACUGCACCGUGGUCUCCUCCAUCUGCACAGCCGGGGCCGUGGGAGGAGACGCCAUGAGCCCCACCCUCAUGGCCCUGCUCUGCCUCGGGCUGAGUCUGGACCCCAGGACCCGAGUGCAGGCAGGGACCCUCCCCAAACCCACCCUCUGGGCUGAGCCAGACUCUGUGAUCACCCAGCAGAGCCCUGGUACCAUCUGGUGUCAGGGGACCCUGGGUGCCAAGGAGUACCGUCUGGAGAAAGACAGAAUAUCAGUGCCCUGGGACACACAGAAACCACUGGAGCCUGGGGACAAGGCCAAGUUCAACAUCCCAUCCAUGACAGAGCAGUAUGCAGGGCAAUAUCGCUGUCAGUAUCACCACCCUGAUGGAUGGUCAGAGCGCAGUGAUCCCCUGAAGCUGGCAGUGACAGUACCCUACGGCAAACCCACCCUCUCAGUCCUGACCAGCCCUGUCGUGACCUCAGGAGGGAACUUGACCCUCCAGUGUGGCUCAUGGCUGAGCUUUGACAAGUUCAUUCUGACUAGGGAAGGAGAACCAAAGCUCUACUGGACAGAGAACUCACAACGAACCUCCUAUGGGUGGUCACAGGCCCUGUUCCCUGUGGGCCCCAUGACCCCUAGCCACAGGUGGACGUUCAGGUGCUAUGGCUAUUACAGGAACACCCCCUGGGUGUGGAGGGGCCCCAGUGACCCCCUGGAGCUCCUGGUCCCAGGUGUGUCUAGGAAGCCCUCCCUGCUCACUCCACAGGGCCCUGUCCUGGCCCCUGGACAGAACCUGACCCUCCAGUGUCACUCUGAUGUCAGCUAUGACAGAUUUGCUCUGUCCCAGGAGGGGGGAGAUGUCCUCCCCCAGCGCCCUGGCCGGCAGCCCCAGGCUGGGCUGUCUCAGGCCGACUUCCCCCUGGGCCCUGUGAGCGGCUCCCACGGGGGCCGGUACAGAUGCUACGGUGGACACAACCUCUCCUUCGAGUGGUCGGCCCCCAGCGACCCCCUGGACAUCCUGGUCACAGGACAGCUCCCUGACAGACCCUCCCUCUCAGCACAGCCGGGCCUCACGGUGGCCUCAGGAGAGAACGUGACCCUGCUGUGUCAGUCACAGAGCGUGAUGGACACGUUCCUUCUGACCAAGGAGGGGGCAGCUGAUACCUCCCUGCGUCUCAGAUCAAAGUACAGAGCUGGGCAGUUCCAGGCUGAAUUCUCCAUCGGUCCUGUGACCUCAGCCCACGGGGGGACCUACAGGUGCUACGGCUCACUCAGCACCUACCCCUACCUGUUGUCAUUGCCCAGUGACCCCCUGGAGCUCGUGGUCUCAGGAACAUUUGGGCACUCCGGCCCCCCAGCCGCAGGGCCCUCCUCAGGACCAGGUCAGGGAAGGUUCCUGGAGGUUCUGAUAGGGGUGUCGGUGGCCUUUGUCCUGCUGCUCUUCUUCCUCUUCUUCCUCCUCCUCCGACACCGGCGUCGGGGCAAACACAGGUCAUCGGCCCAGAGGGAGGCUGAGCUCCCACGUCCUGCGGGGGCUGCGGAGCCAGAGCCCAAGGACAGAGGCCUGCACAGGAGGUCCAGCCCAGCUGCCGACGUCCAGGAAGAAAAUCUCUAUGCUGCCGUGAAGGACACAGAGCUUGAGGACGAGGUGGAGCUGGACAGUCGGCAGAGCCCACAUGGUAGCCCCCAGGGAGUGACACGUGCCCAGGUGAACCGCUCCACACUCAGACGGGGAGUGGCCUCCCCUCCUUCCCCACUGUCUAGAGAAUUCCUGGACAUGAAGGACAGACAGGAGGAGGGGGACAGGCAGAUGGAGGGUCAGGCUGCCGCAUCUGAAGACCCCCAGGACGUGACCUACGCCCAGCUGCACAGCUUGACCCUCAGACGGGAGACAACUGCACGUCCUUUGUCCCAGGAGGGAGACCCUCCAGCUGAGCCCAGCGUGUACGCUGCCCUGGCCAUCCACUAGCCCAGGAGGGACCCAGACCCCACACUGCACGGAGGGAGACUCAGGGACCCCACAAAGCACAGGAGCUGCCCUCGGGGGACACUAACCUGUGAACCCCAGCCUGGACCCCUGACAAAGACCACCAGGAAGUUCUGGGAACUUUUGAGGGUCACCUGACCGUGCGGAGAUAAAUAACAUCCCUACGUGUUGGAAAUACAGCAACAGACUUCUCCAUAGUCAAUGAGUUAAAUGAAAAAACAAAACAGAAGUGAGAGAAUGUUUUAAAUUGAAUGAUGAUGUCACCAUUACCCAUCAAACCUACGCAAUGGAAAAAUUAAGAACAAUGAACGAAUAUAUUAGAAAAAGCCUUAAAAAAGUCAAUGAUCAGGCCAGGUGUGGUGGCUCAUGCCUGUAAUUCUAGCACUCUGGGAGGCCGAGGCGGGCAGAUUGAGCUCAGGAG